CGUACACUUUAAGGAAGUUACUCUGUCUGAAACAGGAAACAUAAAACAACCUUUUGUGCACUUGGAGAAGAACACGAAAGUCUCGAGAGUUCAGGAAACAUUCACUGCUGCAGAGGACAAUGUAUAGUUCUUUCUUCGUGGUCGUGUGGAUGUCUGCGUUUUUCUUCUCUUCUGUAUAUGCAAAAAUAAGCAGGCCAAUGUUGUUUCUGGACAGUACUGUUCAUGUGGCACUGAGGGGUGACAAUCUGGACAUCAGAUGUACGAUCCACAAACCAGCAAACAUGAGCGCCAACUUUGUGACAUGCUUUAAUCCUCUCGGCCAAAAAAUAUACAGAUCUAACCUCCCUGCGACUCCCGUCCAAGAUCAAGAGUUUAAAAAGACAAUUCAACUGAUAAACCUGAUUGAGUCUGGAGAAUACGUUUGCUGGUAUGAAACAGCCAAGGUGUACUGGUUUCUACUAGUGAGAGACCAUGGCUACACAGAUACCACGACGUUGGACUACACAGAGUUCAUCACUCUGUCCAUUCUCACAGGCCUGCUGCUGGUUUUCAGUGUGCUGGGAUCACUCUAUGUCUUCACAGGAAAUUGGAAAGAACAAAUAACUGUGAACUGGAUCAACGGUGGGAAACAAAACCCGAACCGGGAAGAACGGAAGAGAAGAAAAACAGAAGAAGAUAGCGCUGAGAAUACGAAAACUUCUUCCACAUCGCACUAUGCUAGCCUACAAAUACGACCAAGGUCCAUUUACGAUGAACUGGAGCUCUCAGGUAGAAACAGGGAAGAAGACCAGAUACAAACAAAUCCUGACAAGACAGAAACACAGAACACGAUUCAGCAGAACAGCGCAGUGGAAUAUGAGUCGGUCUAUGAGAACAUUCAAUUAUAAAUACUAAAAGGAUAUCGUCACACCACAUUAUACUGUAGAUAUCCAACCCUGUUGUGUUAUUAUCUCAGAAUGCCAUGGAUUAUUAGCUGGUAAAGUGAACAAUUUCUAAAACUUUAAGACUGUGAAAUGAUGUGUUUGGACUUUUUGAAGUAAAAAUAAACAUAAAAGCAAAGGCACUCUCUUUGAAGGUAGUAUGGUAACAGUUAUAACAGUAAUGGUGGCUCACACUCAAACAAAUGACAGAAUGAAGUGUGAUUCACUAUUGAUUGAACUAACAUGCAUGAAAUUUAGAGUUUUCUUCACAAACUGCACAUAAUGCCUGUGUAACUGUAGAAAAGCUGAGUUCUUUUUUCUGCUUGUUUCAAUUUCAAACUUAAUUUUCUUGCUUUGAUUCUCAGUUUUAUUAUAACGUCUUUGUCAAACAUUGGGUUCUGUUCCAUUUUAUCUCUAUCAGGUAAAUCAGAGUCAAAUACACAAAUAUAUCACCUCCACAAAAGGAAUUUGGAAUAUAAUGAAAAUUAUUAUCACAAUUGUUACAGUGAGAUUGUUUAGUUUGGUGGUGACUUGAGAAAUAAAAAAAAAGGUUAACAUGACUUUAAUUUGUUAAAUUCUUCUUUCUUUCUUAAAUCGCUGCUUUUAAAUCGAGUGCUGUCGUCCUUACUAAGGCACGCCUCCUGCUGCUUGGAUUUACCAAUGACAUUGCGAGCCAGUGCUUUCUGAGCCAAUGACAAGGCAGCUGUCAGUUGAACUUCCGGGUUGGUUCGGUGUUGGCGUUUAUUUUGCUGCAUUAACCAUGGCUGCGGAGGCUGAUUUUUUGGCGAGAUAUCGCGCUGUGUCUAAUAAAUUAAAAAAACGUUUUCUUCGUAAGCCCAAUGUUGCAGAGGCAAGUGAACAGUUUGGUCAGUUAGCCAAGGAGCUAAAGCAGCAAGAUUGUCUGCAGUAUGCUGCCUUCUGUAACCUGGCCAUGGCUCGGUGUGAGCAGACUCUUUUUAAUGCACCUGGAGAGGCUUUGGCAUUAACCGAUGCCGCUCGUCUCUUCCUCUUGUCUGAGAAGGAGAACAGGGCUCUGCAGGCGCCGGGCUUUGAUGAGCACCUUCAGGCUGCACUUAACUGCUACAGCUUUGCAAUUAAGGUGUUUAUAGAGAUGAACCAGCCUGUGAUGGCAGCCAGCCUGUGCCUAGAACUUGGAAAUGCACUUAAGGAGAUGAACCGACCAGGAGAGGCCAUUGUUCAUUUUCAGCGGGCGGCAGAGCUGCAGACACAGACGCCGAUCGAAGCUCUGCUGUCAAUGGGAGAAAUAGCCACAUGUAAAAUUCUUACCCGUGACUACGAUGGAGCUUUGUCCAUGUUCACAGAGAUGCAGCUGACGUGUCAGGAGAGAGGCCUGCAGGUACCAGGCACCAGUACCCCUGUUGGUGCAUUUUUGGACAUUGUGGCAAAAUGUGAAAUUUCCAGGGUACUGCUGCUGAUGCUGCUUGAGCCUCCACCUCAGAAGUUGUUACCAGAACAUGCACAGACCCUGGAGAAGUACGCGUGGGAGUCCUUUGACCCUCACAGCCAAGUCACCUUCCUGCCAGAGAAUGUGUUCCUGCUCCUGCAGUCAGUUGUGAUGGCAUGUCAGGAGAAAGACACAGAGUCCCUGAAGGCUCUUCAGACUGAGCUGUGGCCGCUUCUGACUGCUGAGCAGAACCACCUUCUCCACCUGGUGGUCCAGGAGCGUAUUACACCGUCUGGCCAAGGCAUUUAGUCAAAGUUUUUUCUUAUUUCCUUUGGGAACAAUACUCCACAUCAUGGAACAUUCCUGUCUCUGACUGAUUCUUUUAUAAAAGCUCAAGGUCAAAACUUCAGUCAACUUAUUUGCACUCAAAGGUGAAGAGGCUGUUGUUGUACAGAUUGAGAGACUGGUAAAAACCUAACUGCGUCGUCUUAUUCAGUCUCGUGUGUUGACCUUUGUUAGUAUUUUUCUGUGUCGUGAGGCUACAAAACUGGACUGAUGAAUUUAAGGAAAAUGUGUACAAUUGUUUAAUAGACGAGAAGAAGAUGCUUUUGGGUUAUUUGUUUUUAUUAAUAUAAUGAUAUGGCUUUUACUCCAAGAUAAUAACAAACACAACCUUCUAUUGUUUAUUCCUGUAAUGUGGUGAAAGGAAACACCAUUGUCCUCCAUCCCUGGUUCACUUUAUGUUCACUAGUACAAAGUACAUGUACUUUUUUUUAGGAUAGCAGCCAACUACAGACAUGAAAUCAAACAUGAUUAAAAAAAAAACACUCAUUACAAAAUGUUACAAAAAUAUAAUGGUUACAAUGUACAUGAAAAGGAUAUGCGAUACUUCAGUUGUAAAAUAACUAUACAUGAUUAAAACUACAGAAUCUGGAAA